AUGAGUUAUCAGUUACGUUAUGAUAAAACUUCAGAGUCAUUCAUCCAAUUGGACUAUUAUUAUUCAAAAGGCACUGAAGCGUUUAUACGAACACCUAGGCUCGAUUUACAGGCAACUGGACCGGAAUUUAUUAGUUCUGCGAUGGACUUUUGGUACCAUCUAGCUUAUACGCUUUCUGAUUCUGAAAAAAGAUUAGAUAUCUACAGUGAAUGGGUCGGGUUCUAUUGUAUCCAAACGUUAAAACGGAAAGAUACUCUCAAUGACGGACCACUUUAUAUAGGACGCUCUUUCGACAACGGGUUUAAUGGUGAAAUUUGCAACGUACGCUAUUUCAAUUGGCGUUUAUGUGCCGAAGAAAUGAAGGAUGACUUUUUAUAUGAUAUUUUAGAAUUUUCGCUUCAUGAACAUUGA